CAUAUUUUAUUUUACUAUGCUAUCAGACUUUGGUUAUUAUAUUAAUGUUCCUGAAGAAUAGAGAAAGGAUAAAGAAGGAUAGAUAAGUUCAAGGAUUGUGAGCCAUUUGUCUGAAUUAAACUGUAAAAUAGGACAAUUAAAGCUGUAGACGAUACGGAAAGGUGAGAACAAGAAAGGGAGGGAGGAGGGUCCUUUAUGUUAUGAGAUGAUUUAGUAUAAAUAGUAAGGAUGUUUUGAAUGAUUUUUUGACUUUCUUUAUCGUCUGCUAUUCUUUUUUCUUAUACAAUGGAUAUAAACUUUGAACAUUCAUCCAAUGUAACGCUUGAAGCUAUGAACCCCUUUAAUGUAACUUAUGAUGACUUGAACGAACCUACACAAUCUUAUCUUAGGCUAUCGACUUUUACCAUUGCUUACCUUGGGAUGUGUUUAAGCUGUACCAUUUGGCAAGUAAUGACAGCUGCAGAAAUGGUUUGGAGAAAACGAAAAUGGCUUCACUAUCUUCUCUUUUUUGAAACAUUAGCAUGCUUCGUUACUAUCUUAUGCAGUGCCUUAAAUCCUUUUACACCAGUCGACUGUAUUACUAGGUUUUGGAUAGCUAUUAUAGUAGUUAAUCUGGAAGGAUGUGCCAUUCAAACCAUUUUGCUGUACAAGGCUUACAUUUGUUAUGAUCGCUCUAUUCUAUUGCUCAUCCUGGGCUCGCUUAUCAAUCUUGGCUAUAUCGCGCUCAUCUUUUUUUACGCUACUUAUGGAAAAGUACCCACUUACAAGGACAUUAUUGGCAAUUGCGUUCUGAAUAAUCUUGAAUGGCCAGCUUUGGUCAAGUUAUUCUUGGACAUAGCAAGCAAUGGCUUUCUAUCUCUCGCAUUCUUGGCUGUUAUAUUUGGUCAUUACCGAAAGUUUGGUAACAGCUUGUAUAAAUCAUUAAUCUCAAAUGGUAUUCUUUAUUCAGUUGGUGUUAUCGUGUCAAACAUCAUUAUUGGAAUCUUAAUAGCUACCAGAACCGCCGGUGGGCUUUCAGCAGAUCUAUACUGCUUUGACUGGAUAUUCACUAGUUACUUGCUAAUCAGACAAUUCAAAAUAAAGCCAGAGGAUGAAGGAACAACUCAAAUAACGAUCACAGAUAAGCAAGACUCGGAAUCAAUCAUUAGUUCUAAUUCAAGUGUUUUGGUUGAAAACGCUCAAUCCUCCGUGAUUACUAAAUUCAACAGUGGUUGUGAUAAAUAUCGCAUUUCACAAGUGUUGAAGUUUGAGAAAAGUAAAUAUGAAUCUGGAUCUCGAUAAAGCAGUCACGGCAAAUUUCUUUUUUACUGCAUUUUUUGUUUUUUUUUUUUUUUUU